AUGUUUUGUAUCAUUGUCGAUUACUGGAGCUGUUGUUUGAAGUUAGUGUCUUGUAUCAUUGUCAAUUACUGGAGCUGUCAUUUGGAGUUGGUGUUUCGAGUCGUCAUUGAUUAUUGGAGCCAUCGUUUAGAAGUUGUUAAGUCAUCUUGA